AAUAUAUGGGACUAAAACAAUGAAUGCAUUUAUUGCUAAGUGCGACGACUUGAUUAGUGAUUAUGAUUUGGGGCCGGUAAUUCUACAUCCUCACCAACUAAUUAAUUUCUUUCUUAUAUAUGGCUAAACAGAAUGACACGCACACACCACACACACGGCUGAAUAUUUUUAUAUGUUUGGCUUUGUUUUAUUUCUUGGAUUUUGGAGGAGUGAAAAAAUGCAGCAUUGUUGAAUUUCGUUACGUUCAAGAAAAAGGGCCCCAAUCAGCUGAAGUUGUCUCCUCCCUUUUUGUUUUGAGAUCUGCAACUCUUUUCUGUCAAAAUCAAAUCCUAGAUUUUGUUGAACUCCAAAUACCAACUGGGUUUUGUUUCAAGCUACAGAAAUUCUCAAUACUGUUUUCUGCUUGUUUGCUGAUCAUUCUCCAGCGGCAGCCUUCAUUCCAGCCUCCACCGCGUUUCACUCCAUAUAAAAUAAUCUUUCAUUUCUUGGAAUGCUAAUAUGGAUGGGAAAGGUACUAUAUCAGAUUACAGAAGCAAGAUGGACACAACACUAGCCUCGCCCGAUUUGACAAACCACGAAAAGCUUCAAACUCUAGUGAGGAAUCAAAUCUUGCAAUAUUCAGAUCUCCAGCUUGAAGGAUGCAUUGAGAAUGUGAUUGAGAGGAGAAGCAAUGAGUUGUCCAAUUUUCUUGGCAUGUUGAGGAGUACUGCUGAUUCUGACAGAUCGAAUUCUUCCUGGAAAGUAAAACAUGACACUGAAGAAUUUAGGGUCAUGUAUCGGGAAGGACCUGAAGGAACUCCACUUCACACACUGCUUGUCGAGGGCUACGUGGAUGGGCCACUUGAUGUUUGUAUGUGUAUUUCAUGGGAGUCUGGCCUCUACAGCAAAUGGUGGCCUCAAACUGCCAUUCCGAGUUUCAAAGUCAUUUCCUCGCGUUGUCUGCAGAGAGUUGGACCUGGCGAACAGAUAUCACUAGUGAGGAUGAAGGUUUCAUGGCCACUAUCAAGCAGAGAGGCCGUGAUUCAUUAUUUUGCGUUCGAGUACUUCCAGGACGAUCUAAUGGUGGUGCUCCUCAACUCGAUCUCCGACUCAGAGACAAUAAACAGACAUAGUCAUGGAUUCACGAGAGAUGGGAUACCUAAUGCAGAGGAAUUGGUGAGGAUAGAUGUGGUGGGAGGGUUUGCAUUGCAGAAGGUGACUGCAGAGAGGAGUUACUUCCGGACGAUAGCAAACAUGGAUAUCAAACUAGACUUUGUUCCUCCCUCGUUCCUCAACUUCGUCUCAAGGCAGCUUGCAGGCAGUGGUUUCAAUCUCUACAAAAAGGUAGAGCAUUUUGGAUUAUGCAAGAAUGCCCAACCAUCUUACACUUGCUUUAUUGAGACAUCACAGGAAGUUGCUUCAGUUUCUAAAGGCGAUCAGAAGUUCUGCGAGGCUUUGAAGGAUCCACUUUAUGCUCGUAUCCGUCAGGCUCUUGAUCCUUAUAACUCAGCAGUUGCAGGAGAUGAGAAGAAGAGCACAUUUGGUAUGCAAAGUAGAGAAGAAGAUGACAAUGCCGUGGACUCAGAAGCAAAGAGAAACGAGGUUGAAAAAUCCGAAGGAGGCGAAAUGAUGGAUGAUUGCAGCUUGAAAUCAGCAUAUUGCACAAGUGAUGGUUACUGCAGUGGUGGCGAGGAAGAAGGCUGUAAAGACGAAACAACAGAAGGUUGUAGAGACGAAACGAGGAAGGAGGUUCGUAUCAGUGGGGAGGUAGCGAAGGCUCUGCUAACAUUAGAAAAUGUGAUUGCCAUAUUCAACAAGCAGCAGAGAAGUGAAACUAAUUUAGAGAAUGAUCAAAUCAGUGGAAGCUCCACUUCAGUUGAACCAACCAUCAUUUUGGAGAAUCAUGCUUCCAGGUUGAGAAGGGAGACAAGUGAGAGCAAAGUAGAGAUAUCUAAUUCUAAGAACCGCGCUUUGCAAUUGCAACCAUCCAUGAAUCACAAUCUUGAAAAUGUAACUAAAAAUGAAAAACAUAGAUUUUGCUGCUUUGCCCUUCAUUUACCAUUACUCAGAAUCAGAUGAUGUAUAUAUGGAGGAAAUAGAUCAAUCAAAAUGAAAACAUCUUUCUUUUUUUGCUUCCCAUUUUCUAAA